CCAAUGUUGUCUACCCUAGUUUUUGGUUCAUAUAUAUUCUCCUCUUCACUCCCACCGCGGCCACAAUUUUCGAUUAUACUAGCAUCUUGCAGAUCACAAGGAUUUGAAGUCAAAUGACGGUUGGAGAGGUCGCCUGCACCUACGCUUGCUUGAUACUUCACGACGAUGGCAUCCCCGUCAAUGCUGAGAAAAUUGCGACACUUGUGAAAGCGGCUAAUGUGACAGUGGAAUCCUACUGGCCGAGUCUUUUUGCUAAACUCUGCGAGAAGAGGAACAUUGAGGACCUUGUUACGAACGUUGGCGCUGGUGGAGGUGGUGCUGCCGUUGCUGUUGCUGCUCCUGCCGGUGGUGCUGCUGGUGGUGCCGCCGCCGCAGCCGCACCUGCUUCCGAGGAGAAGAAGGAGGAGCCAAAGGAGGAGAGCGAUGACGACAUGGGAUUCAGCUUGUUUGAUUAGAAGAAUCUCUCUGAAUGUUGGAAAACUUAGGUGAUUCAUAAUUUGAGAUUUUGAUUCGUUAUAGCUUUUAUAAUGAUUAAAUGUUGGGAGUUUGAAAGUUAUGCAGUCUUAUUAUAUUUAUAAAUCCUCAGUUUGAAAGCUUAAUCCCCUAUGACAUAUAAUUAGAUCAGGUGCUCAAGCCACUGAAUGAUCGAAUGAGGAUUAGACCAACUUUGAUCUAACAGUUCUCUUUACUAA